UUGGGCUGAGAGUGAGAAAUCAGGCAGUGAAGACAUCGCAUUCAUUGGGAAGACAGACGUUAUUUGGACAUUCCUUAGUUAGGUCCCAUUGACGUCAGGUAGCCUCCCCCUGGUCUGAAGCAGUGAGCCUGAGAGGGAACAUUGUGGCUGUGGUCUGCUGUUCAGUAUUGCGUAGCGAGCUAUAGCCGGCACCAUGGCUGUGUCGUUCAAGAAGGACAUGGACAAGUACAAGGAUCUCGACGAAGAUGAAAUCCUCAACAAGCUGUCGGCGGAGGAGCUGAAACAGCUGGAGACGGCCCUCGAGGAGAUGGACCCUGAGAAUGCUCUCCUCCCAGCUGGCUUACGUCAGAAGGACCAGACGUCCAAGAAAGCAACAGGAUCAUUCAACAGGGACAGCCUUCUGAAAUACCUGGAGAAGGAAGCCAUGGAGUACAAGGACAGAGAGGAUGUAGUGCCCUUCACAGGGGAGAAAAAAGGUAAAGUAUUUGUCCCCAAGCAGAAACCCAUAGACACACGCAAAGAGGAAGUAACAACCCUGGAUCCAGAAUUAGAGGAGGCCCUGUCCAGCGCCACAGAUACAGAGCUGUGUGAUCUAGCAGCGAUCCUUGGUGUUCACACACUGGUCACCAGUAGUCAGACAUAUGAUGGGACUUCAUCUAAAGAGGGUUACAACAAUGUAAUUAAGGGGGAGAAGAUGAACCCAGUGUUUGAUGAGCCUCCCAAUCCCACUAAUGUAGAAGACACUCUGCAGAGGAUAAAAAGCAAUGACAGCUCCUUAACAGAGGUCAACCUCAACAACAUUAAGAACAUCCCAAUUCCCACGCUGAAGGACUUUGCCAAAGCCAUGGAGAAGAACACGCAAGUCAAGAAGUUCAGCCUGGCAGCGACACGGAGUAACGACCCAAUUGCUGUGGCGUUCAGCGACAUGCUGCGAGAGAACAAGACGUUGCGAAGUUUGAACUUGGAGUCCAACUUCAUCACUGGGGCAGGGGUGCAGGCUUUGGUUGAUGCAUUGCGAGACAACGACACACUCACAGAGAUCAAGAUAGACAACCAGAGGCAGCAGCUGGGCACUUCAGUAGAGAUGGAGAUAGCUAAAAUGUUGGAAGAGAACAACAGCAUAGUGAAGUUUGGCUACCACUUCACCCAGCAAGGACCUCGCUCCAGAGCUGCUGCAGCUAUCACCAAGAACAACGAUCUUGUCCGCAGGAAGCGAGUGGAAGGGGACCUGUAGGGACGGAGCCCACGCUGUCUCCCAGCCAAUCCUGUCGUUUCAUCUCACCAUGUGGAAUAAUUUCAGCCAAUGCCCUGGUCUCAUCUCACUGUGUGGAAACUUUAGUCUUGUGCCAAACUGUGGGGCAAGGCGCGCUAAACCAGAACAUACAUCUGAGAAGAAGGGAAAUAACUGGAAUUGCCCCCUCCCCAUUUACAUGUUCAUACUUAUGUUUAUUAUUAUGUUGUUAUUGAAGGUGUAAAUCUGAUUAGUUUUUAGUCAUUUCAUUUCAGCUGCUCCUUUUUUUCGCCUUUAUAUGAUCUGUUCAGACUUUUUACUUGCUUUUUCUCCCUUUUAUAUUACACUAUAAUCACGUGAAAUAAACAUGAAUAUUACCAAGUAACAGAAACAACAAUAACAGCUUGUAAAACAGUAACUAACAUUGAGAAAGCCCUGUAUCCAAGAUAGUUUAUAGCCUAAGCUCCCAGUCAAAAUCCUGUAAUGAACCAGGAGAAUUUGUCCCUAGAAUGGUAGGGAUAGCUCUGAAGUUGAUGCUUGCGUCUAUCAAGUGUUGCAGUCAAGACUGAGACCAGAGUGUAUCAAGACAGAGUAGAGACCAAGCGUGAGUCCUUCACUGCAGGAAUCAUGAUAAACUGUGGAGUACGCAAACAAUCCACAUUCCCAUAAAAACAUCCUCCGAAAACAAAUGAAGAUUUCACUUCAUUCACCUCUUUUAUUGCCAGACUGUACCAUUAGAAAUGUCUUGAUGAAAUAAUCUAAAGGCAUUGCAGAGGUGAAUUUAAUGUGAGCAAAUUUUCUUUGUUUUCUAUUAGCAAGCAAAUACUAAGGAGCUGAAAUAAACUUAGCCAACACUCCUUUAUUGCUCUGGCAGUUCAGUGAUAUCCAAGCAGUUGUGGUCUUGACUGGUCUUGAAAUAAAAUCCUAAGUCUUUGGUUAACACCAAGAAGAGACUGAGUAAAAAUGCAGUUGAUUUUGAGACGAGUCCUUCAAAAAGCGGUCUUGAGACUUGAGUGAUUUUGAGCACUACAACACUGUGUCUGUCUAGACUUAAGCAUUCAAUAGUGACAUAACAUAAAGUCAGACCAGUCUGUUAGAACCAGUAGUAGAUUUCAGGGGUGACGCAAUAUUUGGAACAUGUAAAAUGUAAAUUUGACAAAAUUAAAGACAUUUCUACCAUAAAUUGAUGCAGAAAAGGGACAAAUCGGUGCUUAAAAAUUCACCAAAAAGCAGGAAAUAAGUGUUUAAUUAAAGAUUUCUGGCGGGGGACACCCCUCAUUUUUCAUAUGUGUCGCCCCCGAUGUUGAAACGAAACCUUCACGCUUGGUUAGAACCGUAUCUUACUGGCUGAAUGGUCAUAGCUUAGCCAUAACCACUGCAAACCUUGUCUGACUGUACAGCUGUAAGAUAACACAAGUUAACAUAAGGUAACGCAAGAUCUCUGUUUUACAUUCCAUCUGCAUGGUGGUGUGCAGGUGUUCAUUUGGAGUUGCCUUGUAAAGCCAGCUCGACUGUCUGGCUGGAGUGUGUAACAGUUAAGUUUGUGCCGGCCUCAGAGUAGAUGCUGGCCCCCCCCCCCCUAUGAAUUUAACACUGUACGUAUCAAUGCAUAAUGUUUAAUAAUACAUGACUGUUCUAUUCUAACUGAAGACCUUGUUUUCGUACGGUUCACAUUCUGAUGUUGGUUUUUCUGAUCGCUCAUAUCCCUCAACAGGAAAUUAUAACUCGGAUAUUUUGAAUCAUGUAAAAGUGGGAUUGUACUGUAAAAGAAACAGGAUAUGAACUCCAGUCUAGACUGAAGAGGCUUUGGCCUGCGCUUACAGACGAUGCUGUAAAUGUCUGCUCAACACACUGGGUUUCUCCGAUGCUUAAUCAUGCCAAAGACUAACACAUGCAGUGCUUAAACUAUCAGUGCGUAACAUAACGGUUAUUGGUUCAGGUUUUGGCUUUGCAUCUACAGUCACUUCCUUGCAGUACACGUUUGGGGAAAAGAGUCUGCGGUUAAAUAAUAAUGAUUUAGAUCACAUCAUGCCAUUAUAUUUUAUUUUUUGGGCCAUUUAUAGUUCAGCAAGUAGUUGCCUGAGAUGUGAGGAGGAGUUGGCAAACACUUUCACUUCUCAGGUUAUAGCUAGCAAAAUGUUUCUAUGAGCAACAUCUCCCAGAUAGAAAGUCUUGUACAGAUCUUAAAUUUCACUUUUCCUGCCUCCUCUUUCACACGUUCACUCAGCUCUCCGCAGCAUCUCAGCAGUAGCAUGUCAUUCAUUGUGUAACCGAUAACAACAUGCUACUGUAUGUGUGCCUCACACUGAACUUCCUGAGGCACACAGACGUGCUCGAGAUGGGUCUAACAGGACUAAUUCAGGAUUACUUGAAACUUGUACAUACUGUUAAUGUGUAAUAGGAACAAUAUGCUGGCAUGAACAUUACUCGUGAACAUCAUGUUUCUAUUGACCAAAAAUGUUCUUUCAUCCUAACCGCCUCACAUUCCUUGGACACGAGUUGUAUGGCUGAGUUCAGUACUUUGGGUUUUAUAUCUGUGUACUUCUUCCGCAGUCAUAUCUGAUAGUAUUUCUUCUUGGACCUCUUUUUUUUUUUUUUUUUGUUUUUACAUUACUGUGCUUUGCUGGUGGACGGUUAGCUUCAGUGGAAAAUUGCUUCUUUGCCUGGGCUUGUGAUUCAUUGUAUGUAUAUUAAUUGUAAAAUGCCAUCUCAAAUUAAAACUGCACACACGCUCACACACACAGACUUUAAUGUGUGUACCACAUAAAUCCACACAACUCGUUGCUGAGAUUUUUUUGUACUCUAAAUCAAAACCCAGGUGUAGAUUCAAUGUAAGGAAUAUGUACUAUUGUAAAACCACAAGACUGGUAAAACGCACUGCUGAAUAUAAGACAUCCUCAACAAUAAAUGUUUUUACAUACACUGCCA